GUCUGAACACACGCAUAAACACAGAGUCAGUCGACAGGCAGAAGCACACAACACGCAAAACUGGAGAGCAAUGUGAGAGUAAUAAGGCCACUGGGUUAACAUUUAUAUGUCACGUCUUGUCUUAUAAAUAUAGGCAUACACAUAUAUGCAUACACACAGACAGACACACAGUAAGACACAUUUUUGGCUCCAAGCAGACAGUCACACAAUAGCUACUUCCUGAGGGUAGCGCUAGUUAGCAAGAAUAUUUUGAUGGUGCGUGUGUGUGUGUGUGUCUGUGUGUGUGUGUGUGUGUGUGUGUGUGUGUGUUUCGAGGGCCGUGGUUGUUCCAGGAAGCAGUGGAGAGGAUCAAUAGAUCGCCCACUCAGCUUUCAUUCCCUCCGUCUGACUCAACAUUGGACAUGUUGGGAGUUAUCCUGCAGGGCUUGCUUAACAAGAGAACGGCACAUUUUGCUUCUCUUUUGCCCCUUCCCUCCCUUGCUGCGUCAGCCUAAAGGGGGAAGCAUGGUCUUGCAUGUGUGUUUCUCCGUGUGUGUGUGUGCUGCUGUGUAAGGACAAACUCCCGCCCCGCUGCAUGUAAAUUAUGUGUGACAUGUGAAGCUGCUGCUACCUUAUAUGGCGAGCACAGUAUUUCAGUACAGUCGGAUCUUGCCAAGUAUUCCGGGUCGCGGGAGGAGAGAGUGUGUGAGAGGGUGACUCUGUCUGUGGGAGUGUGUGCAUUAGUUUGUGUGUGUGUAUGUGUGUGUGUGUGUGACUAAGUGAGUGUUUUCAUGCAUCUGACAGAGGGGGAGUAACUGAGAGAGAGGAAGAAAGUUGAAAAAGGAAAAGAGGGGAAGAACGAGAGAGAAAACAGUAAAUGGAGGGAUUGUACUUGUCGAUGGUUGAACUGGAGUGAAAAGGAAGUGCCUUCCCUGAUGUCUGCUGCAGCUUUGACCUGCUUCUACAGCUGAAGCUCCUCCCUCCCCCCCACCUCGCUCGCUUGCUGCCACAGUAACACGAGUACAAGGACAGCGACCACACCCUCCUUGCAGCCGACUCCCUGACCUGCUCGUCCAUCCACCAACAUCACCAUCCACUCCUUGCCGACAGCCCCUCUGCCAACUGACCAGCCUUACCACAGCAGCCCGACACACCACCAGGCCCAAGCAGCAUCUCACCCACCCUGCCUUUAACCUUCGCCUUCAACCCUCUAAGCCUCCACUCGGUCCUCAGUGUCCUUAACCUACGUGUCGCAGGCCACACCCAGACUAUCACCUUUGUUGCCUGCUUCACUGCACCUAACCAGAGGACUGUGUUCUUCAUCUUUUGCCUCCUGGGCUUUUGAAUGUUGCAGAAGAGAAUCGCUCAGCAAGAGAAAAAUUCAAACCAAGAGUGAAUUCAUUGUAAGGCGGAGUCAUCUCCAGGAUAUAAACGUUUCCUCUUUGGUUGACUGUUAUAGGAUAUAUUUCCAACAUUUACAGCCAAACAUAACUUUGCAACAUUUCAAUUUGGAAAAGGACCCCUCUCAAUCAAUAGGAACUUUUCGAUUUAAAUAUUUAAUUUCCACAUAUCAUUCACAAAUCACAGGCUAUAACAACAGAUAAACAAACAAAUACCUUAAGGUUGUGGAUUAAAACCUUAGAGGUUCUUUAUUCUCCCUCGAGCAGAUUUCACCUCGGAAUACCUCUCGCCAGCUUGUUGCCAUGGCAAUGAACAUGGCACAUAUUCGUGACACAAAGUGGCUGACACUCGAGGUAUGCAGGGAGUUCCAGAGGGGCACUUGCUCUCGCUCAGACCAGGAGUGCAAGUUCGCUCACCCGGCCAAGAGCUGUCAGAUCGACAAUGGACGGGUCAUCGCUUGCUUUGACUCACUCAAGGGCCGUUGCUCCAGGGAGAACUGCAAGUACCUGCACCCUCCUGCCCACCUAAAGACCCAGCUUGAGAUCAAUGGCAGGAACAACCUGAUCCAGCAGAAGAACAUGGCCAUGCUGGCCCAGCAGAUGCAGCUUGCGAACGCUAUGAUGCCCGGCACGCAGCUACCACCUAUGCCCAUGUUCUCGGUUACACCAGGCCUGGCUUCAAACGCCAGUGCGGCAGCAGCUGCAGCUGCUGCCUUUAAUCCCUACCUGAGCCCUAUGUCACCCGGCCUGAUGCCCCAAGAGAUCAUGUCCAGCACCCCUGUCCUCAUGGCCUCCAGCCCAACCAUCAGCCAAGUCCCCAACGCUGCCGCUGCUGCAGCCCAGAAACUGCUGAGAACAGACAGACUCGAGGUGUGUCGGGAAUAUCAGAGGGGCAACUGCUCUCGGGGGGAGAACGACUGUCGCUUUGCCCACCCAUCAGACAGCACCAUGAUCGACAACAACGACAACACAGUCACCGUGUGCAUGGACUACAUCAAGGGUCGCUGCUCCCGGGAAAAGUGCAAGUACUUCCAUCCGCCAGCCCACCUACAAGCCAAAAUUAAGGCUACCCAGCACCAGGUGAACCAGGCCACAGCCGCCGCGGCCAUGACUCAGUCGGCUGUCAAAUCACUGAAGCGACCCCUCGACGCAACCUUUGACCUGGGCAUCGCCCCUAGUGUCAUGGCUCCCAUGCCAAAGCGGGCAGCCAUGGAGAAGGCAAACGGAGCCCCUGCCAUGUUUAACACCGGCAUGCUCCAGUACCAACAGGCCCUGGCCAACAUGCAGUUUCAGCAGCAGGCUGCUUUCCUCCCAUCAGGCUCAAUAUUGUGCAUGACACCUGCAGCCGGCGUUGUUCCCAUGAUGCACGGUGGUAAUCCAGCCACUGUGUCUGCAGCCACCUCAUCUGCCACAAGCGUUCCCUUUGCAACCGCCUCCACCAAUCAGGACUCUUCCUUAUCAAAGUUGACUACCAACGAAUACAUGCAAUUGAUUCCAAUAAUAUCUGCAGAUCAUCUGAGUAGUCACAAGUAUUUGACUCAAAUGUAGUUCCUCUCAAGAACAAUCAAGCGAAUGUGUGCUGGCACCGUCCAAGCCAAAAGAGUUCAGCCUUUAUGUACAUAACCUUCAGAAUGUCAAGCAGCGGGGCGAAGAGAAGGGUCUGCCAUCUCUGGUCUCAUCACACGAGUCAACAUCAAGGGUGCAACAUGUGAUUGGUGCCAUCUUCCCGCAUAGACACAUUUUUUUAGUCAAAUUCAACGUCCAGCCGAGAGAGGAGGAUAUCUUGGUGCCGCGGUCAUUGUGCGAAACAUUACACCUCUGUCUCUGACUAAAACAAAGCACUCAAUUAGUUCUAAAUUAUUCUCAUCACUGCAUGCACAGAGGGUCAAGAGCGUGGUUGCACAAAGCAACAUCCAGUGCUGGUACGUUAGUAGACCAAGAUUUUUCUUUCCCUUUUUUUUUUUUUUUUUUUUUUUUUUUAUUCGUUCUGCUUUAUUAUUAUUAUUUUAAUUGAUAGCCAUAUUUCAUAGUUUACAUGUGAAAUGCAAACAUGCACCUUGAAUUUGAAUACAAAAGUGAAAGGCACAACGAUUUAAACAGGAAUUUUGUUGGCCAAAAGAAUUAGGCAUGUACAGUAUUGUGUUUUUACGGCUACUAGUGAAACUAGAUGUUGAAAUGAGGGUCUUGGACAUAUGAAUGUUCUGGUUAAACCAACAUACCUGUGUACCUUGAAAGCACAGCCAGGCUAGCUUUUUUUUCUCCUUACCUUAUCAUGUGCCAUCAAGGCCAUACAGCUAAAACCAGAGUGUUAUCUCAGCAGUGUUAUUUGUUUACCGAAGGUUCAAGUUUUGUAUGGCUCUUUUUGUAAUGUUUUGUUUCAGAAUCUCCAUUGUGAGUGUUUUUUUUUUUUAAUUUUUUUUUUUUACUCUUUUACUUUGUUUCUCUAAUCAAUCAGUUUUAGAAGUGGGUUUUUUGUGCCUUUUUUUUUUUUUAUGUUUUUUUCUUUUAAAUCAAAAAUGGAGGGUUUUUCUAAAGUUUGUCAUACCUCUUUUCAGAGAGUAGUGUUGUUCAUGCUUGUUGGGAUUAAGAAGUCCAUUGACUCUAAAGCCUGGUAGAGGGUGUAGCUUCGAUUGACUGUGUGUUCCCCCUCUUUUAAAGAGGAGUAACUCUCAAACUGUGUCUCCAAGAAGCACUGUUGAGCAUUGCGUUGAUGGGAAUUUUAAAACAACAGACCCAAAGGUCUAUUAGGUCAUUUUAACCACGUGUGCACUUGACUGAUUGUUUGUCUGCUCACCCUGUUUGAAUUUCACAAGCCAUCCUCAGUGAACUUUUACUUUUGAGGAGAUACAACACUUUCUCUGUGUGUAUUUCAUUCACCUGUAGAUCUGACGACAGAAACCAAAGCACACUUUUUCUCCCAGUCGUGUUCACGAAUGAUUACAGCAGCAUCUCUCAAAAGGCUGAAACAAUUAAGGAAACAUGUUUAUCAUCUUCAUUCAUUUGCCCGUUUUAUGAUCACUUAUUGUUUCUGUUUUCAUAAAGGUGUGUAGUAUGUCUUUACCGAUUGUAACAUACCUAACAAAGCCUUAGAUUACAAUUAAUGGGCCUUAGCCCAAUCAAUGUACUUUCAAUCACCAUGCAGGUAAAGAACACCAAUGAUGUUUUAUAGUUCUCUCACAUGCCGCAUAUGAUCUUUUUUGAUCUUCUAUCGAUGUUAAAGUAACAAUUACUCUCUUAAAUUUCAUGUGUUAUGUACUACUUAGGAUUUGAGUCGAUUUGAGGUAUGUAGUUGUAGAUUUUUUUUUUUCUUUAUUUUUUGCCUUACUAUAUAUUACUUGACAACAAUGAUAUAGCCGUUGUAGAUUUUGAGGUAGUAUGACAUUCAUAACUUUUUCAAACCAUAUAAAUGAUAAUGUGUUGAGUCAGUUUGAAAUAUUCACCUUAUUCAUAUAGCUGGAUGUCUUUUUUCAGUUAAUGUUACAUUAUCAGUUAAUUUUGUUGAUAAAGAGUUUUGUUUUUGAUACAAGGAAUAAGAUCAAUUCAUUUGGUGCCACAGCAGCAUCUCUGAGUAGACAAAAAAAACAACAACUAAUGUUUUAACCAACUUAAGGUUUCCUUGAUCAUGUUUUAAAAUAUAUUGUAUUAUAUUAUAAAUUUGCCAUGUUUUAGAGUAAAAAUUAUUUUCUACUGUAUCCAUUUCAAGAAGAUAUGUACUUUUGUUUGAAUAUUUCUUAAGUUUGCCCUGAAUGUCAGGCCAAAACGAGCAGUGAGAUUGACGGGUGUUUGGAUGUGAGAUUAGGAGCGAGAAAGCAGAUACUUCUCCAGAUAUGAGGAGUACCAAAUGCUGCAGACAUGAGUUCUAACCUAAGGGACGAAGGUUGACUUUUUGCACUUCUGUAUAUAGUCAAAUGAACAGAGAAAAAAAUGUGUAUCAUAUUGAGAUAUUAUUUUGAAUAAAAAAAGAUCUAUAAUUAUAAGGAAUUUUGCUAGAUUAAUUUAAAAUUCUUAAAUUAGAAGACCAGCUAAAAAAAAAAUUGCUUGCAAAGAAGGGCACUAGUUUCUUGGCCAAUGCAUUCAGAGAAAGCUAUAUGCGCUUUUUGACUUUCUUUAUUUUUUCAGAGGCUAGUUUUGCCAGGGAAUGUUGCAGGGAAGUAUAUAUCCCUGUGUCAUGCUUACUCCAUCCCUCUUGUAGGAUCACACAUCCAGUGAAGUCCAUUUAGCAUUUGUUGGACUUGGUCAUGCAGUAUUGCUGCUCCCAUGGUACAGAUGAUACAUUCAACUAUCAAAGUUUAUAUUCUAUUAUAGUUUGAUUUGACUGCAUGUUAAAGUACAAUUCUGCAUAGAUAUGUAAAGAAAGAUAAACACAUUCAGAAUACAAAAUACACAGUAAUAUGUUUAUUUUUUAUCAAGUAUACGUACAGUAGAUAACAUCCACAGUGGGGAGAAAUAAUACUUCAGAAACAAGUCAUCUUACUCUUGUGUGAAAAGAUCAUUUUCCAAGCAAUCAUUUUAUUUAAACAGAGAUCAAAUAUUAGCACUCAUCCACCCCGGAUACUUUCUCAUAGACAGAUAAUAACAGUCGACUCUGACUCACAGGAAUAUGUUGUUGCUAUCAUAUCUGUGCUCUCAGCAGGAGAAGGCUCAACACACCAAAUGCUUGUUUGGCAAACUUAGUCUUUUCAAAUGAAUGUAACAGUCACCGUUCAACGUGUUUGUGACUCGAGGCUGCUGUUAAGUCGCUACAGAACCAAAGCACCAUUUUUUUCUCCAAACCAGAUGUUCAGUCAUAUGCCGACUGUAACCGAGGUUUUUCUUCCCUGCUGAGGGCACACGAACGCUUUGACUGCUUUUCACUUGUAAGUGCAACCACCAGUUAUGUAUUUGCUAACAGUUGCCACACAAUAAUGUACUAUUCUGACUUCAGAUUUGUUUAUGCACAUUUUAUUGUUGCCAUAAUUGACUCUUGCUGUAUGGAUGAAAAAAAAUCUGAAUAAAACAAUAUUUGAUUUGCUCAUGCAA